AGGAGCGUGGCGAUGGCUACCAGACGGACCACCAGGACUUUUGCGAGGUUUGCCAACAGCGUGAGGAGCGUGGCGAUGGCUACCAGACGGACCACCAGGACUUUUGCGAGGUUUGCCAACAGCGUGGCGAGAUUAUCCUUCUCUCACGUGUCUCCCCGUGUCUCCCCGUGUCUCCACGUGUCUUUCUCCCCGUGUCUCCCCGUGUCUCUCCCCACACAGAGGAGCGUGGCGAUGGCUACCAGACGGACCACCAGGACUUUUGCGAGGUUUGCCAACAGCGUGGCGAGAUCAUCCUGUGUGACACGUGUCCACGUGCCCACCACCUCGUGUGCCUGGAGCCCGAGCUCGUGAAGGCUCCACACGGGAAGUGGAGCUGCCCGCACUGCGAGAAAGAGGGCGUCCAGUGGGAAGCUGACGACGAUGACGUGCCUCAGUCGCCCUCCACUGCCUCCUCCGCCACCGCCGCGGGCGACUCUGGCGGCCUCCGUCCGGCACGAGGAGGAGGAGGAGGUGGAGGAGGUGGACGAGGAGGUGGUGGAGGACGAGGAGGAGGUGGAGGACGAGGAGGAGGAGGUGUAGGAGGCGACGAGGCGUCCGUCGAAGACCGCCACAUGGAGUUUUGCCGCGCCUGCAAGGACGGCGGCGAGCUGAUCUGCUGCGACACGUGCCCCUCCUCGUUCCACAUCCACUGCCUCAACCCACCACUCACCCACGUGCCCUGCGGGGAGUGGGCGUGUCCACGAUGCACGGUGAGGGAGUGGGGGGCGGGGCCUGCGGGGAGUGGGCGUGUCCACGAUGCACGGUAGCGAGCUGCUCUGCUGUGACACGUGCCCCUCCUCGUUCCACAUCCACUGCCUCAACCCACCACUCACCCACGUGCCCUGCGGGGAGUGGGCGUGUCCACGAUGCACGGUGAGGGAGUGGGGGGCGUGCCCUGCGGGGAGUGGGCGUGUCCACGAUGCACGGUGAGGGAGGGGGGGCGGGGCCUGCGGGGAGUGGGCGUGUCCACGAUGCACGGUAGCGAGCUGAUCUGCUGUGACACGUGCCCCUCCUCGUUCCACAUCCACUGCCUCAACCCACCACUCACCCACGUGCCCUGCGGGGAGUGGGCGUGUCCACGAUGCACGGUAACUGGGGGGCGGGGCACGGGGAGUGGGCGUGUCCACGAUGCACGGUAGCGAGCUGAUCUGCUGCGACACGUGCCCCUCCUCGUUCCACAUCCACUGCCUCAACCCACCACUCACCCACGUGCCCUGCGGGGAGUGGGCGUGUCCACGAUGCACGGUGAGGGAGGGGCGUGC